AAAGGAAGAAUAUUAUUCUGAUACCAAUGACAAUAGAGAGUGUGGACCCAGAAUAAGGAGAAGAGGUAGAGGUCUUGGCCCUACGCGAAUUAUCAUCGUAGAACAAUCAGACAUUCACACAUUCUCGAUCACAUGUAAGUCUGAGACUAGAAGAAUACGUAUAAAUUAGAACCGAUUGAAAGUAAUCAAUCCGUGGAUUCUCUGAACUUAUCGCUUCUUCCCGGUUUGAAUUUGGGUGUUUCCGUUUCAAUGGAUGACGGCGAGCUUGAUUUCUCCAACCAUGAAGUGUUUUCGAGUCCCAACAUGGGUGAGCUUCCCAGCAGCGGUUCAAUGGACAGUUUCUUCGACGAGCUUCUCAAGGACACGCACGCCUGCACCCACACCCACACGUGUAACCCUCCCGGCCCCGAUUUCUCCCACACUCACACGUGCUACCAUGUCCACACCAAAAUCGUCCCCGCCCCUGAGGAGGACCAUGUCGCCACCGAUGACACCGCCGAGUCCGCCGAGAAGAAGUCGUCGUCGUCGAAGAAGCGGUCUCUGGGGAACAAAGAGGCCGUCCGGAAGUACCGCGAGAAGAAGAAGGCGCGUGCGGCGUCGCUGGAGGACGAGGUUGUGAAGUUGAGGGCUCUGAACCAGCACUUGAUGAAGAAGCUGAAGGGGCAGGCGGCUCUCGAGGCCGAAAUCGCGAGGCUCAAGUGUUUGUUGGUUGACAUAAGGGGGAGGAUUGAAGGGGAAAUUGGGUCGUUUCCCUAUCAGAAACCAACGCCGAAUGCGAACCCUCCGGUGGCUAACUUGCCUGGUUCUUAUGUGAUGAACCCUUGUAACUUGCAAUGUGAUGAUCGGGUGUAUUGCCAUCACCCCUAUGGGAAAAUUGGGGAGAGUGCGGCUUUGAAUGGGGAAGAGUUUGAUGGUUGUGAAUUUGAGAACCUGCAGUGUCUGGCAAGCCAGAAUUUGGGGCUCAAGGAUCUUCGUGCCUGUGGGGUUGGACAGGCAAGGUCUAAUGUAAAUUCUUCUGCAUCAAAUAAAAGAAAAGGGGGAUCUCAUGCUGUGACAGCUGGUUGAAGAAUUAAUAAAUUGGUGGUUUUCAUCUUUGCCAUGGUAAUAUCUCCUUCCAAUAAAUAUCUCGUUACCAGUUGAAGCAUCAGCUAUCCAUCAAGUCUUUUUUUAAAACAAUUUUCUCUUUUUGACCCUCUGCUGCAUUAUCGUGGUUCGAAUGGCUGUUCUACUAUGGAAGAUUAGUCAUAGAUUAAUGUUUUAUUCAAACGAAAUAGAGUAGUUGAUCUGCAGCCAGCAUAGCUUCUGGCCAAGACAGAUUUGGUGCUUCUCUAUGCAGUUAAGUUUCCUGUUUUUUUUUUUUUUUAUGCAUGGGACAAGUUAAACUGAUAUCACAAAAGUUUCUAUGAUCUGCCAAUUUUAAAUAUGUCAAGUAUGUGAGUAGUGUUUACUUUGUUUAAUAAUAAGAGGAUAUAAAGUGGUGAUUCAUGUUUUCUAAAUUCGCUAGUUUUUCAUUGCUGGAUUGCAGAACUUAGGGAAGAUGGGGGUGUGUUUCAUCUUUCAGUACUUAGUGCUGUGGACAGGUGAGACACCAAUGUCAUUUUGUGUAAUAUAUAAUUUUGUGUGAGUGAAAUGAUAAAAUUGGCUUGUAUGGUUGCCGGCGUUGUUCUUUUUCCAUCUUUGUUUAUCUUAAUAAUAUGAGAGGUUUACUUCUGUCUUUAGCAUUUUUGCUGGACAAGGGUAGAAGGAACUGUUCCUUUAACUGAAGAUUUUGCAUAUGGGCAUGUCUUCUACAAGUUAAGACAGACAAGUGAUUUGUUUUGUAUUUGAGAACGCAAAGUAACUGUUUCGAUGAUGGGAAAAGCAUAUCUGCCUGUCUGCCCUUAGAGAACAAGUCUUGAAUAGAUUUCGGUAAAUUAAAAAUGCUCUUGCUGAUCCUCUUUUGGAAUGAUUAAUAAAACAUUACAUUAUUGUAUCUUCUACUUCGACCGCCGUUGUAGACAAAAUUUGUAAUAAUUUUACUUUGCGUUAGAGUCUCUAUAGUAAAUAAUUGCUUAAAUAAAUUGUUUAUCUUAAA